AUGACCUUCAAAAAUCAUGCGAAACAUCUGAAGUUUCGCCGUAAUCCGGAAGCACGCGACGUUGACGACUUCUUUAAAAGCUUUCCGGCUUCCGCAUGGUUUUUGUCAAAGAUGUCGUUAAACGGCCCGAACAGGCCGAUG